GAAAAAUUUAGUAUACAUAUAACCUACUUAUGUACUUUACAUAAGCACUUGGUAGAGGCACAUCCAGACAAAUUAACAGAAGGAGAGAAGAAUAAAGUGAAAUUCAAUUGGACUUGGGACUAUUAUAUAGCAAAAAGCAAUAGAGAAGCAACAUGUAGACUAUGUAAAGUAACAGUUAGAUACACUUAUGUAUCUGAUUUAAAAUAUCAUUUAAAAACGAAUCACGAGAUUUCAGGUCCAACUUCAGAUAAAGUAAUAGGUAACGAAAACAAUUCAGAUGAUGGCAUGGAUGCAAACAAAGAUGUAGAAGGUGCAGAGGGAACAGAAGCAAUUAACGAGGGAACACCAUACAAUUUGAUUCCAAUACGUCGCGUGAACAUUACACAAAGUUGA